CUUGGUGACCAGGAAUGGCGAGACGGCGGCGCCGGUCAUCGUGCCCGGCGUCGGCGUGCUCCGUGACGUGCCCGGCGACGUCAAGUGCGGCAAGGGCGAUCGCGUCCGUUUCAAGUCCGACGUGCUCGAGUUCAACAAGAUUUGCAUGUGUAGGUGUUGUUUAUGAAGGAGUAGAAAAAAUGGGGAGCAAAUUAAAUGAAACGGGAUGAAGUAAAGGUUAAGCUAUUCAGUCUGAGCUGAUGGCCAGCUAGCAAGAUUUAUUUAUUUUUUGCGGCGAAAAAAAUAAGCUAGGAAGAUUUUUACAUUACUGAAAUGGAGAUGCAAUGCAUCAUAAGCUACUGUAUGAACUCAUUGAUUGAUCUUCGCUGUUUUUGUUGCUUUCUUCAGUCUAGCUUCAAUCUCAUUUUUCUUCUUCUUUCAAUUACGAAUUUACGAUGAUGACAAAAGUUUACGUUUUUUCUUCUUCUUCUAUUCUAGAAUUCAGAAUAGCCGAUCGUUAGUUGGGAAAGCGACCGGAAAUUAACAAGGCAUUUGCGGUUGUUGGUGUGUGAAUGCCUGGCUGCUUAAUUGUGUUACUAUAUUGAUUUCCCUCACAAUUUUUCUAGGUGUUGACUGCGGCCCUGAGUGCUUGGCACGCACACUGAACCAAUCAUCGACCACCAUUAUUCCCGCAAAAAAAAAUCAUCGACCAUUAUUUUAUCAGAGAGAAUAAGAGUACAUUUGCCAGUAUUUUGCUAUCAAAUGAUAAUACUAGUAAUAAUAAAAACAUUAAUUCGCCAUUAUUUCGGUGCACUAUCGCUGUCAAAUAUACUACUCUGCAUAUCGUAUCAAUAAAACACGGAUAAAACAAAACCAACUGAAAAAAAGAUAAAAUAGAUUUCGGCGCCAGCGUUGGCGGUCCUUACAAUACUUAUCCAAUACCCACGCCAUAAUUCUUUGUAAAUUCAAGUCAAGAUGCCUCUACAAUAAUCAAACACACCGCACAAACAACUCAGUGCCUCGAUCGGCGACAGUGGUGAAUCAUUUGACUUGGACCAGUAGCACAGUUUAGAGUUCUAAUCGGUAAACUGAGAAAAAAGGCUUAAUUAACGAAGCUCCCCUGAUUAAUGCAGAUGUCUGAGGUGUUCAACCAGCGUUGCUCGGUGGAAGGGAAGAUCCCGUCGGGGCUCUUCAACGCCUGCUUCGACCUCGACAGCGGCUCCUGGGCGCAGGACGCGUCCUCCACAAAGUGCCUCGCCAUGGACGGCUACUUCAUCUCCCUCCUCGAGCUCCGCCUCGAACGCCGCCGCCCGCUCGCCCUCGCGCAGCACGUCCUCCACGACGUCCCUGCCGCCUGGGACCCCUCCGCCAUCGCAAGCUUCAUUGACAAGUACGGGACGCACGUGAUGACGGGGCUGAGCAUGGGCGGGCAGGACGUGGUGUACGUGAAGCAAGACGCGGCGGCGUCGCCGCUGUCGCCGUCGGAGAUCAGGGCCCACCUCGACAGGCUCGGCGACCAGCUCUUCACCGGCGCCUGCGCCGUGCCGCCUCCGCACUCCAAAUCCAAAUCCAAGUUCAAGAUACCGGAGGCCUUCAACGUGUUCGACGCGCAGGUGGCGCAGCAGCGGCUGCAAGGGAUCACCACCCUCGUCUCCUCCAAGGAGGGAAUCACGGUGAUAUACUCCAAGAGGGGAGGGAACCCGGCGGUGAGCAGCCACUCGGAGUGGCUCCUGACGGUGCCUGGGGCUCCUGACGUGAUCAACGCUAAGCUGGUUCCCAUCACCUCCCUGCUCAGGGGCGUCGCCGGCACCGGCUUCCUCUCGCACGCCAUCAACCUCUACCUCAGAUAUAAGCCUCCGUUGGGUGACCUCAAGUACUUCCUGGAUUUCCAGCACCAUAGGAUGUGGGCUCCCGUGCUCGGGGAGCUGCCCCUCGGCCCAUGCUCCAACCGCCAGGGCUCCAGCCCAGCGCUGCAUUUCAGCCUUCUGGGGUCCAAGCUCUAUGUCAGCUCAAGCCAGGUGUUUGUGCCGAAUCUGCCGGUCACCGGGAUGAGGCUGCACCUCGAGGGCAAGAAAAACAACCGGCUAGGCAUCCACCUGCAGCACCUGGCGGCCACGCCGACGUUCAUGGCCGCCGUCCGGAACGACAGAUCGCCGCCGCAAUGGCAGGUCUCCGACGACCACCGCUACUACGAGCCGGUCCAAUGGCGGACGUAUGCGCAGGUCUGCACCGCGCCGGUCAAAUAUGACCCCCGGUGGUGCUCCGACGCCGCCAACGAUCGCCGUCGUCGUCCCGACACCGCCUUCGUCGUCUCCGGCGCGCAGCUCCACGUCAAGGCGCAUGACUCCACCAACGUGCUGCACCUCAGGCUGCUCUACUCCGAGCUGCCCGGGUACGCCGUCGUCCAGUCAAGGUGGGCGCGCGGCACGGCGAGGCUGCCCGGGAAGUCGUCGUCGUCGAGCUUCCUGUCGAUGCCGUUCUCAGGAUCGUCGUCGUCUACGUCGUCAUCGUCCGGGGACGCCUCCCAAAAGGCGCGUCCUCCGGUGGUCGUCAACAUCAACUCCGGCGUGUUUGCCGGUGCGCCUCCGGUGCCCGUCGGCGCGCAGAAGCUGCUCAAAUUCGUCGACACCUCGCAGGUGACCAUGGGGCCGCAGGACAGCCCCGGGUACUGGCUCGCCACCGGCGCAAGGCUCGACGUCGACAAAGGGAAGAUCUCGCUGCAUGUCAAGUUCUCUUUGCUGGCGCCGGCAUCUCUUUGACAUCGACAAGGUGUUAUUUCUAGAGCUGUACAGUUCUUAUGCUGCUGAAUGCUAACUGAACACCACCGUAAGAUCGGAACACCCUGUUUUCUAGUUUUACACUUGUAUUUUUGGCCUGGAACCUGUGAAUAUUGCUGAGCGACGAGUGUUAAUUUGCACAGGAAAUCAGAUUUAUUGUCUUGAUAAA